GCGGGAACCCGGAAGGGGAGGCUGGAGAGGAGCGAGUGGGGGAAACCCGCGUAGCCGAGAGAGCUGCGGCGCGGGGAGAUGGUGGCCCGCGGAGCCUUCCCUGACCAUCCAGGGCCUGAAAUGCGGUGAACGCCUGCCUGUCUGCUACCGCUCCCCAGGAUGGACCGCGGCGGCCUCCUGCCCUUCCAGCUGUGGUGCCCCCGACCCUUUGGCACCUACUCACAGAACCAGCCACGCCCACCUACCGCAGCCCUCAAGCCGUCAGCCUGCCCAGAGCCUGGCAGCGGGGCUGAGCCAGACCACGGGCCUGCCCACUCCGAGAACACCCCACCCACCUUGGCCACAGAGGCCCCUGCCUCCCAGCCGGCCCCUCUCCUCUCAGCAGCAGCUGCUGGCGAUGAGGGGCGAGUCCUGCUGGACACAUGGUAUGUCAUCAAGCCCGGGAAUACAAAGGAGAAGGUGGCCUUCUUUGUGGCCCACCAAUGUGGUGGGGGCAGCCGGGCCAGCUCCAUGAAGGUCAAGGGGCACUGGGGCAGUGACAGCUCCAAGGCCAAGCGGAGGAGGCGCUGUCUUGAGCCUACAAAGGCUCCCCCGGACCCAGGGGGCCCAGAGGCGCCCCCUGCAGCUGAGGGGGCCCCAGCCUCGGCUGGCGAAGACGUAGACUUGCUCUCUGUGGCAGAGAUGGUGGCACUGGUGGAACAGCGGGCCGCCCUGGCUUUGCAGAACUACCCGCGUCCGGGCACCCCGGCGCCUGUGGUCUUCGUGUCAGCUGAGCAGGGUGGGCCUGCCAAGGGGCUGGGGUCUGAACGGCGCUCCGGUGGCGGGGACUGCAGCCGGGUAGCCGAGGCGGUGGCCCACUUCGAGGCCCAGCGGGACAGCCCUCCAGCCAAAGGCCUCCGCAAAGAGGAGAGGCCUGGGCCGGGCCCCGGGGAGGUACGCAUCGCCUUCCGUAUCUCUAACGGCCGAGAGCCCCGCACCCCCGAUGGCAGCUUGUCCAAUGGGAGCGGGGGCCGGCCGGGUUGUGCCUACCCGGGCAGCCCAGGCCCUGGGGCCCGGGCCAAGGACAAGAUCACUUGCGACCUGUACCAGCUCAUCAGCCCCUCCCGGGAUGCCCUCCCCAGCAACGUGGAGUUCCUCCUGGCUCGGGCGGAUGAGGCCAGCGAGGGGGAGACGCCCGUCCCUGCCAGACCUGAGGACACUCCACCGGCGCCCCCUCCGCCCCCUGCCCGGGACUGCGGAGCCUCAGGCUUCCACGUGGAUGUGGUGGUGACGGGGGUGGUGGAUGAGUGCAUCUUCUUUGGCAAGGAUGGCACCAAGAAUGUGAAAGAGGAGACGGUGUGCCUGACGGUCAGCCCCGAGGAGCCGCCCCCACCCGGCCAGCUCUUCUUCCUCCAGUCCCGCAGUCCAGACGGGCCCCCCGAGCCCCCCCCAGCCGACUCCCCGGCCACCGUGCCGGGCCCGGACGAUGCCGAGGGGACUGCGGACACGUCCCUGUGCCGCCUAUACCGGCACGUGUCCCACGACUUCCUGGAGAUCCGCUUCAAGAUCCAGCGGCUGCUGGAGCCGCGACAGUACAUGCUGCUGCUGCCCGAGCACGUGCUGGUGAAGAUCUUCAGCUUCCUGCCCACGCGGGCCCUGGCGGCCCUCAAGUGCACCUGCCACCACUUCAAGGGCAUCAUCGAGGCGUUUGGCGUGCGGGCCACAGACUCGCGCUGGAGCCGAGACCCACUCUAUCGUGAUGACCCUUGCAAGCAGUGCCGCAAGAGAUACGAGAAGGGGGAUGUGUCGCUCUGCCGCUGGCACCCCAAGCCCUACCACCACGACCUGCCUUACGGACGUUCCUACUGGAUGUGCUGCCGCCGAGCUGACCGCGAGACUCCGGGCUGCCGCCUGGGUCUGCAUGAUAACAACUGGGUGCUGCCCUGCAACGGGCCGGGCGGCGGCGGGGGCCGGCCUGGCCGCGAGGAAGGGAGGUGAAGCCGGGGAAGGGGGUGGGGA